GCAAGGCGAAGGCUACGCCCACAUUUUCUUUCGCUGUCCGUUGAUCGCUCCCAAUCGCUCCAUGCCGGCCGAACAUAAACACAUGAUUCAAGAGAGACGGGCGCUGGACUGUGGAAUAUAAAGAAGAUUAUCAAAUUAUAAAACACAUUAACUGCAAAAUAGCCGCAAAAUGAAGAGUUUGAUCGUUCUAUCUUCUCUGCGGCGCCUACAAACCACUUUUAAAAGAGUAGGAAGUGUGAGAACAUACCUUAGCGAUUCUUACAGAUGCCAGACAUCAUGGGAAAACCGUUUGAAGUCGCCUUUGCUGAUCAAAUUGAACUUGGACGAGCUCUACCACGGCAUCGAACAGAGGUAUAACCAGGACAAUACGAUCAGCGGCGUGGACGUGGAAGUUUUCACAUGUGGUGUAAAUGAGGACGUGCACUUGGACGAGGCCGAGGACUUAGUACAUAAGCUGCGGCAGAGCGGUCGAGCCGCAGAGCUGCUCCCCUCCACAGGCCACAACCUCAUCCGACUGUUGUACCAAAGCGGCCGCACGGAUGAAAUGGUGAGGAUUUUACACGACAGGCUCAAUUACGGAAUCUUCAUCGACUACCACUUGUCCAAUGUUAUAAUGGAUGACUUCCUAAAGACCGGUAAAUUUGCCGAGGCAGCCAAGCUGGCCGUUCUACAUGGCCUUCAGGAGGACUCCAGCAACAGCAUCACCAGUAAUUUAGUUUUAACAUCGUGUUUGCAAUGCUUUUUAAAAGGUGUCAAGUGGGAGCUUGAGGGGCCCACGCCUCUUGAAGAACCAAAGGAGGAGGUAAAGGUGCGCGUUCGCUUCUUGAGGAAUCCAUACUUUGAUAACCACUUUGAUCUCAUCGACGGGAAUGCGCUGAUGGGAAAAACAAUGGCCAUCAUAGCGCCCGCUUUGGAAAACGCUGUCCUUGCCAACAGCCUGGAACUGCUAGGCUGGGUCAAAUUUGGAGAUUGGAACAAGCUCGAAAAGAGAUUAAAUCAGCUCAAGUCUCCAGUGCUGAAAGAGGCCGCGGACUUGAUGCUAGCGCACAUAGCCGAGCUGGACAAGGAAAAGCUCCCCGAAUCAGUUGCAAAGUCUAUCGCAUCUAUAAAAACCGUGGAUGGAAAUCUGCUUGAGGCGAUGGAAGCAUCGCUGAAGGAGGCAGUGAGUAAGAACGAGAGUCAAGAUAUAGAAGCGCAGGAGAAGAAAUAUGUUGAAUGGGAAGAAACGAGACAGAAACUGCUGGCAAAGCAGCUGCGAGAGAGCGAAAUAAGGCAAAAAAUGACGGAAAUCGAGAAGAAGAAGGAAUACUUGAGGGAGAGGGAGCAGCUUCUAACCUUCUUCGACAAAGAGGAUCAGUACAACCUUAUGCUUGAAGAUUCUCAAAUAGAGGAAGAGCAGAAAAAACUAACAGAAAAUAAGGUCGCUGUCGAGGAGGAAGUGUAUGUGCCACCAGAGGUAGUCAAGCGGCACACAGUGAAGACAAAAAAGGUCUGAAUUAUUGAGUGGUGUAACUAAAUAAAAAUAAUUUUAUUUAAACAAA